GAGGGAACAUUGAGCCUGGCAAUACCCAACAAGCAGAGAACAAUUGCAGUGACACUGCAGAUCCAUUUGUAAUUGCAACUCACAUUUAUUCAUCGCAAUUACCUUUAAUAACCGCAUCGUGAGCACAAUAUCGUUUGACUGCAUAUUUAGAAUUGGGCAAUAGUCCGGCAUUAGAAUUUAUUUGAUAUAACACCAUCGCUUAUAAUAAAUGGGCCGGACGGUGCAAGUUCGUUGAAACCUGCGCUUCUGUAAAUUAAAUGCUUUAAAUUAGCAUCUAUUAUUCCAUUUUGUGCAACAUUUUUUAAUUCGUACAUGGCACUUUCCUUAGUCAGAUGCAAAACCCAAUAAUACCUUACCUAAAUUUGGUAAAAAUUCUCCCCACCCGCAACACUUCACGCGUGCGCAACUUGACAUCCAGAAGAAGGGAAACACAUUCUGCUUCAGUGAGAUCAGAACACUGGUGACGAUAAUCUGUAUGCGUCUGUGACAAGGGAAGGUCAUUCUGUGGGUCAGUUCCUCCUCCAAGAUGGCGGCAGCCUUGUGCUACUCUUACCGGAUGGGCAUUUCCAGCAAAUUAAAAUUGAUAACAACAAGAUAUCCUGUGUCUCUUGUAAAUAAUGGAAGUGUUUAUUGUGUAGGCUGCCCUACCUUGGUUUGCCAACGGGUAAGGAAUAUGCGAUUCUACUCAUCCAAUGGGAGAAGAGGUUUCCUGGGAGGGUUUCUUGACAACAUUAAACAGGAACUGUCAAAAAAUAAGGAAAUGAAAGAGAACAUAAAAAAAUUUCGAGAAGAAGCAAAGAAACUUGAUGAAUCUGAUGCUCUACAACAAGCUCGUAGAAAAUUUAAAACAAUAGAACUGGAAACAAUGAAGACUUCAGAGGUUUUCAAGAAGAAAUUUGGACAGAUAACAGACACGAUGAAAGAGAGUUUGGAUGAAGUUGGCAAGAGUGACCUGGGGCGUAAAAUUAGAGAAGGUGUGGAAGAAGCAGCCAAAACUGCUAAACACUCGGCUGAAUCAGUAACCAAAGGAGGGGAGAAAAUUGGAAAGACUGCUGCCUUCAAAGCAAUCUCUCAGGGUGUGGAGACUGUGAAGAAAGAAUUUGAUGAAAGUGUUCUGGGUCAAACAGGGCCUUACCGUCCUCCUUCCAGGUUGAGGAAAAGGAGUGAAUUUUCAGGUGAUAGGACCAAAGAAGAAAGGAUCUUUGAAGCUAAUGAGGAAGCUAUGGGUGUGGUUUUGCAUAAGGACUCCAAAUGGUAUCAACAGUGGAAAGAUUUCAAGGACAACAAUAUGGUAUUUAAUAGAUUUUUUGAAAUGAAGAUGAAAUAUGAUGAAAGUGACAAUGCAUUUGUUCGAGCAUCACGCACCAUUACAGACAAAGUCAGCGAUCUUAUAGGUGGGCUGUUUUCUAAGACUGAAAUGUCUGAGGUCUUGACCGAGAUACUGAAGGUUGAUCCAAACUUUGACAAGGAUAAGUUCUUAAAACUGUGUGAAAGGGAUAUAAUUCCCAACAUACUGGAGGCCAUGAUAAGAGGGGAUCUUGAUGUGCUUAAGGACUGGUGUUAUGAAGCUACCUAUAGUCAGUUAGCUCAUCCCAUUCAGCAAGCAAAAUCAAUGGGCCUACAGUUUAAUUCCAGGAUCUUGGAUAUAGACAAUAUUGAUCUGGCAAUGGGAAAGAUGAUGGAACAAGGUCCAGUCCUUAUUAUAACAUUUCAGGCACAGCUUGUGAUGGCAAUCACAAAUCAGAGAGGUGACAUAGUAGAAGGAGACCAGGACAAAGUUUUACGAAUGCUGUAUGUGUGGGCUCUCUGCAGAGAUCAAGAUGAACUUAACCCUUAUGCAGCCUGGAGACUCCUAGAUAUAUCAUCAUCUGCAUCCGAACAGAUCCUCUAAAAGCUGCUAUGUGCCUUUUCCUUAUGCAAUAUGGAUUUUGGAAAGGGAAGAAAGGCUGAUGAAAAUGAUGAUUGGGGUUUAAUGCCAAUGCUAGCUGGCUUGAAACAUACUCUAAUUAUUUCUCCAUCUGAGAGAAAGUGCUCUUUACUACCAUAUUGGUUAGAACCAUUUGCGUCACAUAGAAGAUGCAUCUGUGGUUUGUUACUGCCUCUAAAUGUAAAAAAUUAGCAAUGACCGAAGAACACAUUUAGUGACUUUUGACAAGUUUUGAGAAAGGACCAAAGUUUACUAAUGGCUGUGACAUCUGAUGAUCCAAGAGGCUUUUUGUUGGACGAGGUUGCAUCUUUCUUCUUAUUUUCAGAUAUGGCUGAGUGUUCUACAAAUUAGUGCAAGAAUACUUGCAAGGACUUUAAUAUCUUUGUGCUCUAUUUGACAUGCUACACUCUCUUGUGACUGAUAUUCUUUUUUCUGUUAUUAUUGCAAAAGAACAAAAUGUUAUAACAGAAUAGAAAUAUUUUUUAUUUUAACAGUGCAACUUGUAAUAGGCAUGCCUCAUUACUUUCUCCUGCAAGGACAUACUGUGUUUUAAUAAAAUAUUUAUGAAGUUAUUCAGACACAAGUUAAGUCAAAUUUGAAUGGAAGUUGAGCAAACACACUCUUAAAGUACUACUGAACAGUUCUUUUAAAAUGUUUAGGAAUGUGGCAGUAUUACUAAAAUGAAUGGGUGCUAUUUUUUUCUUUACAAAAAUGCCUCCAAACUAACCAUAUCCCAGCGAUCUUUACCAUAGCCAACACUGCUUGAUUUCCCAUGGAUGGGAUGGAGACUGCACAUUCGUAUCUAUUUUAAUAUGACCUGUCGAACAGUGUAUCAAUGCUGUGUGUCAUCUGUCAAUUUUUAAAACUAUUAACUCAUAAAGUGAUUUUCUCAUUUGUUGCAAAA